AAGCGGGUGAAUAUUUAUGAUACCCACUCUGGUAUGCAGUGUUGUUUUCUGUCACAUGCGGAAAUGAUCGGAAGAGUUUCUAUGUCUUUAUAAAUUGCACUCAAGGUCGGUCUGUCUGUGUUGUAACUUUUCCUUAUUGUUGACAAUAUGUUUUGGUUCAUGGACAUGAAGGGAAUGUGCUUUUUACCAGUUUUCUUGGUCAUCUGGUCAUCCAGCACGUUUAUUGUCUCCUACAUAAUUGCAUUGUUCGAGCAUGAUUUGGGUUUCAUCUUACCCUAUAUAAGUGAAAUUGGGGCUGAACCCCCAGAGAGUUGUAUCUUUGGCUUGAUGACGGUCAUCACUGCAUUUGCAGGUAUGGCCACCAUGUAUACCAGAUACAAGUUUCUGGAGAAGCUCAAUGAGACAGCAGGUGGUGUACCCCCAGCACUGAACCAGGGUGCUUUCUGGAUUGGAAUGCUUUCUUGUUUGGGGAUGUGUUUUGUCGCUACUUUCCAGGAAACAACAAUUAUUCAAGUUCAUGAUGCAGGUGCAAUACUCUUCUUCGUUUCUGGUGUGUUGUACACCAUCCUCCAGUCCAUUAUAUCCUAUAAGGCCUUCCCCUAUGGAUGUUCCUUGGCCUUGUGUCGUGUGCGCACAGGAAUGGCAACCAUGGCCUUCCUGGCAGUCCCCCCCACUAUUAUCUGUGCCUUACUGCAUAGAACUGAAGACAAGGACAAUGUGUUCCAUCUGGUGAGUGCUGUGAGUGAGUGGAUCAUGGUCUUCAGCUUCAUCUUCUUCUUCUUCACCUACAUCCAUGACUUUAAAAAGUUUACUCUGAAGCUGAGAACAGAGUUUGUUUCCUGACAAAGCAGAGAUGUUCCAUCGGGUGUAAGUCCGGGCUCUGGCUGGGCCACUCAAGGACAUUCAGAGGCUUGUCCCGAAGCCACUCCUGCGUUGUCUUGUCUGUGUGCUUAGGGUCGUUGUCCUGUUCGAAGGUGAACCUUCACCCCAGUCUG